UUGAAUCAAUUACAGGUCGCUGUAGCUGAGGAGCAUUUGUUCGAGCGGCCGCGGACCCAGACGGAGGGGCGCACAUAUGCUUGCUCUCAACUCGGCUUGAGGAUUACCACUGCAACAAAAAGCCUGGACCCUUAACUGCGCCAAUUGGAGUACUUUUGUAUGGGCUAUUGAAUGCAAUUAGGAGUUUUUUUUUAAUCAAAGGGCACAAUCAAAAGGAGUUUCAAAAGCAGGCCACAGCAACGUGACCAUGGGGGGUUUCGAGACCCAUCUCACUCUUUUGGCUGUGUUAAUCAGUGUAUUACCAGCCCGGAGUGAUCCACCGGUCAUAGUUUCAAACGAAGAUGAGUUUGUUGUCGAUCUGCACUCACGGUUCAACAUCAGCUGUAUCGGGAAGAAGGAGGUAGUAUGGGCCGACCCCCUGCCCGAAAACGUUUUCUAUUAUCCUGGGUUCUUCACUGCAACACUUCUGAUUGGUGACGCUGAAGCCUCCCAUACUGGAUACUACACAUGUGUUUACGCAUCCAAAAAUGGCGAAUCUGGAAGGCACGAGGACCCAGAGGAGAACGAAUCUGAAAUAUACAUAUUUGUGCCAGAUCCCGAUGUUCCCUUCGCACCUGAGGAGAACACUGAAGUGGAGACUGACCCAAUUAGCAAUAUCAUUCCUUGUCGCGUCACCGACCCCCAGUCCCAUGUCAUUCUCAAAAGCUUGUCAAGUAAUGUCGAACUGCAGGGCUUCUAUGACAACAAGAAUGGCUUUCUUGGCAACUUUUCUGCUGGAAAUUACGUAUGUGAGACCGUUGUCAACGACGAGACGAAGAGAAGUGCAAUCUACACUGUGAUUGAAAGGAAACGACUUCCUGCAGAGUCUGUGGUGAAGCAGGACUUCCAGGUGACACUGAAAGCCAGCGAGGAGGGGGUGAUGGCAGGGGACGCCUUCAACCUCACUUGCAUCGCUCCGCGGGGGUCUGAGUACCUGCAGCAUUGGAUCCAUCCCCUAAAACAGCAGGCUGCGGAUGCUAUUCCGAUGAAGGAGACUCUUCCUGAUAAGGUGCUGUACAUCCUCAGCAUCCCCUCGGCCUCUGCCCACGACGGCGGCACCUAUGAGUGCUACGUCACCGACCGGCUCAAGGGACAGACCCGGAGCAGCACAGUGGCCGUUUCCGUCUAUGAGGAAAAGCCUUUUGUGUCGCUGGACCACAGUGGCAUUGGUGGCGUGGAGGUUAUCACCCUGCUGGAGGACACUGAGUUCACCAUCUUUAUCGAUGCCUACCCAGAGCCCAAGAUACUGUGGAAGAAAGAUGGCAUCCCUCUGGAAAAGAGCACUUUUCUCUACGCUGUCAACAGCCACGUCCUCGGAAACCGGUAUCAGAGCGUUUUAAAUCUGAAACACCCAACUGAGAAGGACAGUGGGAAGUACACCUUCAACGCCACCAGUGGUCCACACUACGCACACUUCUCUUUUGAACUCCGAGUCAAAGCUCCCAGUGCUGUGCUGUUCCCGUCGUCCCAGGCCCCAGUGCUGCUGCCCCAGAGUGAUGAGCUGGUGGUGGCACUGGGCUCCUCGUUCCGGCUCACCUGCCGGGGCAUGGCCGAGCUGGUGUGGAACGCCCCCACCUACCUGCGCGAGGAGACGCUGGACGACAAGGGCGGCCUGUUCAUCAGCAUGGUGACGGUGGAGAACGCCGGCGUGACCAACACUGGGGACUACUUCUGCGCCUACAAGGGAGCCAACCAGACGGAGGGCGAGGGCAGCGCCAUUUACAUCUACGUGCCUGAUCCAGAGGUGCCGUUCGUCCCCUCCAUGGACCCGUCUUACAUCCACGUGAUGACGGACCACGAGGAGAUGGAGAUCCCGUGCCGCGUGUCUGACCCCACCGCCAACGUCUCUCUGGUGAACGUGGAGAAGCAGCAGGAGCUGCCCGCCGAGUACGACAGUAAGAGAGGCUUCAUCGGUUUCUUCAAUGCCGGCACUUACGUCUGCAGAGCGCUCGUCAACGGGCAGGAGCACCUCAGCGAAGAGUACAUCGUCCACGGAUGGGCAGGAGGCUCUGAUCUAAAUGUAGAGCUUCUUGCUAAGAGAACUGCUCUCUUGGUGGGAGAGACGCUCACAGUCAAUUGUGUAGCCAGAGGCAGUGAGAUGCUGGAGGACCACUGGAAGUACCCUGGCAAACUGUAUGGUCGUGGUGAGAAGACCGUGAGGGAGAACAGACGAGAGAUGACCAUCAACUACACCCUGCGGGUGUCCGAUGUGUCGCUGAAGGACAGUGGCGUCUACGCCUGCUCCAUCACCGACAUCAUGAGCAACGAGAGCCAAACCAAGGAGCUGACCGUCACCGUUUAUGAGAGCCCCUUUGUCUCGCUGGUCCCUGACUUCACUCACACGGAGCAGGCCGAGCUGGAUGAGGUGCGGGAGUUCAAGGUCGACAUCGACGCCUUCCCCGGCGUCAACGUUGUCUGGCACAAAGAUGGAGUUCCUCUCGGCGGCAACUCUGCGGAGAUGACCACAAACCUCUAUACGAUCAGCGAGACGAAAUACCAGAGCGCUCUGACCCUGAUCCGUGCGAAGGCUGAGGACAGCGGCAACUACAUGGUCAGGGCCGAGACCCGGAACCAGAGCAGCAGCUUCAGCUUCUCCCUGCAGGUCAAAGUCCCUGCAGUCAUCGUGGAGAUGAUGGACCUCCACCACGGCUCCGCCACGGGUCAGUCAGUCGUGUGCAUCGCUGAGGGGGAGCCCUUGCCAGAAGUGGAGUGGCUCAUCUGUAAGAACAUCAAACACUGUGCCAAUGACUCCACCCAGUGGAGCCCGCUACCUGCCAACUCCACUGAGAUCACCGUGGACACGCACAUCAACCAGGACGUGCAGCUGGAGAGCCAGGUGAUCUUCGGCCAUCUGGAGAACACGCUGGCCGUCCGGUGCCUGGCCAAGAACGACAUGGCCACCGUGGCCCGGGAGGUCAAGCUGGUGACCAGCGGUCCUCACUCGGAGCUGACCGUGGCAGCUGCUGUGCUGGUGUUGCUGGUCAUUGUCAUCAUCUCACUCAUUGUGCUGGUCAUUAUCUGGAAACAGAAGCCACGCUAUGAGAUCCGGUGGCGGGUGAUUGAGUCGGUCAGUCCGGACGGUCACGAGUACAUCUACGUGGACCCCAUGCAGCUUCCCUAUGACUCCCGCUGGGAGUUCCCUCGCGAUGGCUUGGUUCUGGGUCGUAUUCUGGGCUCGGGGGCCUUUGGGAAGGUGGUCGAGGGCACGGCCUACGGGCUCAGUCGCUCCCAGCCUGUCAUGAAGGUGGCUGUAAAGAUGCUGAAACUCUGCACCAAGUCAGGGCCCAUCUACAUCAUCACUGAGUACUGUUUCUAUGGCGACCUGGUCAACUACCUGCACAAGAACCGCGACAGCUUCCUGAGUCACCACCCAGAGAAGGGCAAGAAAGAGCUGGACAUCUUCGGCAUCAACCCCGCCGACGAGACCAGCAGAAGCUAUGUGAUCCUGUCGUUCGAGGGUAAAGGGGACUACAUGGACAUGAAGCAGGCGGACACCACCCAGUACGUGCCCAUGCUGGAGAUGAACCAGGCCUCCAAGUACUCACACCUGCAGGGCUCCGACUACGACCACCCGCCCUCUCAAAAAAAUGAAGGUGAGGGAGAGAGUCUGCUCUCCGAUGACAGCAACGAGGGCCUCACCACCAUGGACCUCCUCAGCUUCACCUACCAGGUGGCCCGGGGCAUGGAGUUCCUGGCCUCCAAGAAUUGUGUGCAUCGGGACCUGGCCGCCAGAAAUGUCUUGCUCUCCCAAGGAAAGAUAGUCAAGAUCUGUGACUUUGGCCUGGCCAGAGACAUCAUGCAUGACAACAACUAUGUCUCCAAAGGAAGCACAUUCCUGCCUGUCAAGUGGAUGGCUCCAGAGAGCAUCUUUGACAACCUGUACACAACCCUCAGUGACGUCUGGUCCUACGGCAUCCUGCUGUGGGAGAUCUUCUCUCUCGGAGGAACUCCUUACCCAGGCAUGGUGGUCGACUCAAGCUUCUACAACAAAAUCAAGAGUGGCUACAGAAUGGCCAAGCCUGAGCAUGCAACUGAAGUCGUCUAUGAGAUGAUGUCGAAGUGCUGGAACAGCGAGCCAGAGAAGAGGCCUUCCUUCCUGAGCCUGAGUGAGACUGUGGCAUCGCUACUGCCUGCAGGAUACAAGAGGAGCUACGAGCGAAUGAACCAUGACUUCCUGAAAAGCGAUCACCCGGCUGUGACCCGCGUGCAGCGCAUGGGCGGCAGCAUCAUUGGCAUCGACGACGAUGACAACUACAUCGGAGUCACCUACAAGAACCAGGGCAAGCUGAAGGACCGCGAGAGUGGCUUCGACGAGCAGCGCCUCAGCUCGGACAGCGGCUACAUCAUCCCUCUGCCCGACCUGGACCCGAUGUCCGAUGAGGAGUACGGCAAGAGGAACCGCCACAGCUCACAGACGUCUGAGGAGAGUGCCAUCGAGACCGGCUCCAGCAGCUCCACCCUGGCCAAGCGGAUGGAGGGCGAGACUCUGGAGGACAUCACCCUGCUGGACGAGAUGUGCCUAGACUCCAGCGACCUGGUGGAGGACAGCUUCCUGUGAUCCCCAGCCCACCCAGGACAGUCCUCCAGAGUGGACACUAUGGUUACGAUGCCACACUGUGGAGGGUGAGGUGGGGUGUGAGGGCGUAGGAGUAGAGACUACAAGCUAAGCUACUACCAGCCCAUCUGCUCCCCAUCCAAAGAACACUCUGAAGACCCCCCCCCCAACUCCUUCCUCUUCAUCUCACUCCCCCUCCUGGUUUCCACCCUUGAAAUCCCUCCUCGGAUCAAAAACAAACCACUUUGCUUCCUCUGUGGUGGAGAGCCAUCAGUGACACCCCGUGCGUGUGGAUUCCUUUCACUCGAACAUUGCCCCGAGGACUGGAGGACUGACUGAGAAUGGAGACUAACAUUCGAGAAGUUUUCAGCGGCAAAAGUGUUAACAAUGUCAUAUCUCCCAUUCUCUUGAAUCACACACUCGAGAUUAUACAAUAGCCUAUGGACAUACGAUACGUGUGUGUGUGUGUAUAUGUGCGUGUUUUUAAUGUAUAGAAUUUCAGUGGGCAUUCCUGACGCAGCGAGAUAAGCAAGGACGCAUCGAAGACCUGAACAAAAGCAGCAAAACGGACUUAAACCAACAUCAGGACCUCUUUCUUUUGUAGUCCAUCAAGACUGUCAAAAACCACUACAGACAUUUAUUUAAACAAGAAAAAAAGCAUCAGAUGGUCUCUCCAAAUCCAUCAUCACACAGUCCGGACCUUUGUAGUAUUCAGCAUGGACUGCAUGUCCCUCUCAGCCACACACACAAUGUCCCUCUGGCACCAGUUGACUUCCAAUAAGGACCAAUAACUUACUUUGAAAUGAAAAGCACAAUCGCUGAACUAUAAAUCUAUGUUUUAUAAGCAAUCGUAGUGGUCAACUAUUGAAUACAUGCCGUUUGAAUUUAUUUUUUUACUUUCUAGCACAUAUAAAUAUGUAUUAUUUGUGAAUAUUAGAUUAGUGUCUCUCUCUCUCUCUGUGUGUGUGUGUGUAAGAGAGUGAGUGAGUGUGUGUAUGUGAGUGAGUGUGAGUGUGUGUGUGUGUGUAAAGAGGUUUUUUUGUAAAUGAAGAAUAUGACUUAGGUUUAUAAGUUGCAUGCACCUCUGUAACUUAGACCUUUUGUAAAAUACACCAUAAUACCGUUUUAAAAUCACCCAAGUGGAACCCAAGUAGCACAGCAAAAGGCAUGCUUAUUUUCACAGUAGACCAAAGCUAGAGCAGAAUAACUAGCAUCACAUAUCAAUUUCAUUGUCUCCAGCAUCAUUAGGUCCUUAGUUUUGUCAUCAUACUGCUAAACUAUUUCAUUUGUAUUUGGUCUAUAUUUUCUUAUUUUAGUCAUCAUUAUACUUACAAGUGUCCUACUAUUUCCUACAACCAAAAGCAAUACUUAUAUUAGCUUUAUGUUAACCUGUGAUAUACAGAAACAUUUUGAGAAAUGGCUGCCAUCAGCCAGUGUUAUAAACCAAACGAGUCAAGGUACAUACCAACCUAUUAUUGUGAAUAAGCUGGAUUAUGUUCUGAUGCUGUAUGUAAAAAUUGAGUGCUUCCACCUUCAACCAUUAUUCUGAGGAGCGAGAAUGAUGAUGAUAAUAAUAUGCUUUAUAGUUAUACGGUUGAGAGUUUAUAGUGUGUGUUGCUAGAUUUGGAGUGGCUUUGCUGGAGAUCGAACGUGCUGGAACUAAGAACUGACCAACGGAAUAUCACCUGGAGGGAUCACUUUGGCUCCUGCCAUAUUACGCUGAGACGGUUGAUCAAGGAUCAAGUUGUCACUUUUUUAUUGGAUUUGUGAGCAUUGUGACAGCAAAAACCCAGGAUAGACACUUCUUCAAAAUGUGUGAGGUGACGGCGGAAAUGGCCUCAUAGAAGACGUUCUGUGUAGAUGGGUUUUAGCAGCUCUGUGAUCGGACCUUUUCCAGCAUGUUAAAACACAGACCAAAGCAGUUAGGCAGGGGGGGACAGUAUGCCAGAUCAACUCACGCCUCCACAGGCUGCUUCUAUAUAUGAUUGGGUCUCUACACGCCAGCCAUGGUGUAGCAGAUGUUGAGCAGAAGUCAGUGUGUUUUUCUUGUUGUUAUUGUGACAUUGUCUGUCUAAUCUUGCUUUCUUACUUUUCGUUUGGACAAGAAGCUUGUGUACAAGCCCAGUGAAAUUCACUUUCCACAAGCGUCCAUAGUAUACCUUAGAGAAUAAUCACUCCUUUGUUAAUUCAUACAGUAUUUUAGCAAAUUAUUGAACAUGUCGUAAGCGUUCAUGUGACAUUGUCGUCAAAUGGUUUAAAACUGAUUUCACUAUACCCAGCCCGCUAGCAUUCGGAGCUGAUACCCCUUCAAGUGUGUUGUAAAUGGAAUGAAAUGCUUUCUGUGUGUUUUGCUUUUGUGAAUAUCCCCGUUUGAAAUUCCCAGCUACGUCACUGCCCGGUGCCCUCUGACCCUACUGCUGACUGUGAUAUACCUCACAGGCAUAUUGUAUACUGUUGCACUUUUCCCCCCUCUAGUUUUCGCCCUUUGGGUUAGUUUUUGUUUGAACUGAGGAGUUGCUGUUGCUGUGAGCAUUUUUGUGUCUGUUUCUGUGGCGACAUGAAUGUUGAAGUUGGGGAGAAAGGUUGAAGGGAAGAUAAAGGUAUGAAGUGUAUUCCAAGGUACAGUAUGAUAGUUACUCCCAAUACCAGAAGUUAUCCUCCUGAUUUGUAAUAUGCGUUAUGAUUAUGUACAUUCAGAUGAUCUAUAUUUCAAUAAAUGAUUUAAACAAUGUA